CAUUGCCAACAUCACUUUAGCUCUCCUUUACUUUGGCUUUCCAGUAUACAAAUCGCACCCGUGAAGUCUCUUGAAUAUGCAUGACGAGCCUUCAGAUCCGCAUCAUCUCCUAGCCCAACUCCCGCUCACAGUCUCGCCAUUCCUGUCUCUACCGUCGGCUACGACUCUUCCGUAUACCUACAAGUCGCUUCCAUCGACCCUCCCGCCAUCUGCUCUAGACACACACUCCAGCUCCAACGAUCCCGCAACUCUAAACUCCUCCCAAGAGUCCCAGAAGCCAGCCUACGUGAUGUCUGCUGGGGGUCACUCGGCGCAUCCAGACGACAUCAUAUCCAACUGUCGUGCUCUUCAGGCGCACCUGGACAAGCUUGAGAAAGACGCGAAAGAUAUGGUGAAGGCAUGGGAUGAUAGGAUCCGAGAGAGGGAACUGGCGGAGAAGAGGAGAGUUGCGCCUGGAUGGCUAGACGAGGAUGUGAAGAUGCUCGUUCCUGAGAAGAAGUCUGGAGCCUUGGAUCAAGGACUAGAGUCAGGCUCACAGCAGAACAUGGCUGGAAACGUGAUGAGUUUCACCAAUGGACCAUUACAGCAGCAGCAGCAUCAGCAAUCUUCGAGAGAAGGAGAAGAGCUCGACCGAGCGUUUGGAGGGCUCGACAUACGACGAUAG